CGCAAUUGGCGGACAAUGGCAGUCCGUGUCCGGCCGGCCGCAUGCCCGCACCGCGCAGUCUGCUCCCCAAGCGGUGGGCCCGCGCCCCCCGCGAGCGCGACAUGGGGGCGCGGCCCCCGGGCCCGCCGCCCGCUGACGCGGAGUCCCUGGAGCGCGCCUACCCCUCCACUGGGCACCUGGAGUACGUGCUGGCCGGCUCCUCGCCGCCCGCCGAGAGCGCCCCCAACAUGUACGACAGCUUCGAGGAGCCGCCGCUCGACCUCACCACGCACAUCUGCGCCGACUCGCUGCGUCAGAGUGCCUACGAGCAGAUGCGGGCCGUGGGCGGCCGCCUGCGCCUGCUGGACGAGCUGGAGUCCGGCGUCAUCACGGCCGAAGCGCUGCCCGGUGCCGCGGCCGCCGCCACCGACGCCGAGCGCAACGUGUGCCUGUUCUGGGCCGCCUUCCUCGAGCUGGCCGCGUUCCUGCCACCGCUGGUGGAGGCGGGCGCGGACCCACUGCACCACGACGCGCUGGGGCUGUCCCCGCUGCACGCCGCGGCCUUCAGCGGCUCGCUCGAAUGUGCCGCCUACCUGCUGGCCGCCGGCGUCGACCCCGACUACACGCCGCGCUGCUUCGCGCCGCUCCAUUGCGCCGCGUUCGGGAACUCCGUGCAAGUGGCCAAUCUGCUGAUCAGCCGCGGUGCGUCCGUCCACGCGGUCGUGAAGUACGUGAACUGCGAGGGCGGGCUGCUGCACUGCGCCGUGCGCGCCGACGCCGUCGAGUGUCUCGAGCUGUUUAUCGCGCACGGCGUCGGCGUCGACCGGAUCGAGCCCGGCGGCACCAACGCGAUUCACCUCGCGGCCGACCUGGGCAUGAUCCGAUGCCUCAAGAUCCUGCUGGAGACUCCCGGGGCGGACCCCAACGUCCGGACGAGGGUCGGCGACCGGGAGUCGACCGCGCUCCACCUGGCCGCUGACGGGGGCUUCGCGGAGUGCGUCGACCUGCUCCUGGCACGGGGCGCCGACGCCGGCCUGAAGAACCACCGCGGUUUCACGGCGCUGCACCUCGCCGCACGGUCGGCCAGCCUCGAGUGCGUCGAGUCGCUGCUACGGAAGGGCAACGCCGAGCCCAACGCGAUGGACUUCGACAAGCGGACGCCGCUGCACGCCGCGGUCGGCAAGUCGGAUAGCGCGUGCGACAUCAUCGAGACGCUGAUCAGCUGGGGCGCGAACGUGAACCAGAAGGACGAGUACGGCUUUACGCCGCUGCACCUCGCCGCGCUGGACGGUCUGUCCGCCUGCGUCGAGACGCUCAUCUACCACGGCGCCGACGUCACGACGCGCUCUAAGAAGGGCAACUCGGCGCUCAACGUGAUCGCCCGCAAGACGCCCGCGUCGCUCGCGAUGAUCACGCGGAAGCUCGACUGCGCGAUCACGCUGCACCACUCGCAGACGAGCAGCAGGGAGGUGGAGCUUGAGCUGGACUUUCGGAGCAUCCUGCAGCACUGCUACCCACGCGAGAUCAGCUACCUCAACACGUUCGUGGACGAGGGGCAGAAGGAGGUCCUGCUGCACCCGCUGUGCUCGGCCUUCCUCUACAUCAAGUGGGAGAAGAUCCGCAAGUACUACGUGGCGCGGCUCUUCCUGAGCUUCAUAUUCGUGCUCUGCCUCACGCUGUACGUGCUGACGGCACUGGCGCACAACUGCUAUAACGGCAGCAAGGACAUGGAGGAGACCAUCCAGGAGCAGGAGCUGUGCCAGAAGCAGUCCAUCCUCGGCGACCUGCUGCGGAAGAACCCGUUUGUCAUCGAGAUGCAGUGGGUCGUGCUCGCCGCGAUCACGAUAUUCGAGAUAUUCCGCAAGGUGUACGGCAUCGCCGGCUACUCCACGGUGAGGCAGUAUCUGAUGCAGUCGGAGAACAUCAUAGAGUGGUUCGUCAUUGUGAGCGUGUUCCUGAUCUCAUAUAUCUACACCAACAUCACCUACACGUGGCAGAACCACGUGGGCGCGUUCGCGGUGCUCGCCGGCUGGACUAACCUGAUGAUGAUGAUCGGCCAGCUGCCGGUGUUCGGCACGUACGUGGCGAUGUAUCAGAAGGUCCAGAAGGAGUUCGCGAAGCUGCUGAUGGCGUACUCGUGCAUCCUCAUCGGGUUCACGAUCAGCUUCUGCGUGAUAUUCCCCGACUCGUCCUCGUUCGCGAACCCAUUCAUGGGUUUCAUCACGGUGCUGACGAUGAUGAUCGGCGAGCUCAAUUUAGAUCUUCUCCUAAACGAGCCGGAUGGGAACGAUCCGCCCGUGCUCCUAGAAUUCUCGGCGCAAAUAACCUACGUUCUAUUCCUGAUGUUCGUCACCGUAGUUCUGAUGAAUCUGCUCGUCGGCAUCGCCGUCCACGACAUUCAGGGGUUGAGGAAAACCGCCGGACUGUCGAAGCUCGUGCGGCAGACCAAAUUAAUUUCGUACAUGGAAUUAGCCCUAUUUAACGGCUACCUGCCGAAGUGUCUGCUGAAAAUCUUGCACUCCUCGGCUCUGGUAUCUCCGCAGGCGUACCGCGUGGUUCUCAGCGUGAAACCUUUAAACCCUAGUGAGAAACGGCUUCCUCGCGACAUAAUGAUGGCCGCAUACGAUAUCGCGAAGAUGCGGAAACAGUACGGCCACACGAUAUCCUCCAACGGCUCGACGACGGGCGCGUACUUGUGCUUCAAGAAAUACGAGAACAACAACGACUCGAGCUACAGAGAAUACGGGUACUCGUCGGGGCUGGGCAGCCUGCAGGCGCGCCUGGACGAGACCUCGGAGAGCGUGCGCCAGCUAACCCAGGAGGUGAGAGAGCUGAAGAAGCUUAUCAGCGCGCAGCAGCUCGUCAUACAGCAGGCCCUGGCCGGCGCGAUGGACGCCUGAUCACAUAAUAGCCCAAUUAUAUUUCAAUGCCAGGCGCGAGUCAACAGACUAGCGUUCAGUUGUUUUUACUCUGACGAGACCUUAUGCGGAGGACGUAAGGGUCAUUUUCGUGGAAACGUGGGGUAAAAUAACUCUGCACGGAAUAAUUCCCGUUCGUCGAGGAUUCCAAGACCGCGCGGAUUGGUCAGAGCCGGGAGCGCCAAGAUAUCGGUGGUUUGAUUUUUAAAGUAAGGAAAGGCUGUGACGUACAAUUCAUAAAAGUAAUCAUAUACCCAAUAAGUACAAGAAAAAAAAACCAUAAUAAAAUAUCUAGCUGUAAAAUUUUGAUGAACAGACCUAUAAUAUAAUGUCUUUAUUGCCCCUCGCGUCAUCAAAAUUAGGAGCAAUUUAUAAAAGUAUCAAAUCCAAGUCGAAGUGAAGGGGUGA